UUUUUUUUGAUAGUUUUCAUGAACAGAUUUUCCUCUUCUCUUGACCGAGCCCUGCUCUGUUUCUACUCCGUCAGUUCCUUUUAAUCGAGUCUUAAGCUUUUCCAUUCCUUUCCCUCCAUUUCUGCGGGUCAUGCUUCUGCAGCAGUUCAUCCCAUGGAGGGUAUCAAUGCAGAAGAUUUGGAGCUUUAUCUAUUUUCUUCCCUUGUUCCUACUGCUCCUCAUUCUCGGCCUCCUCAAAGCGGUCAUCGUUGGGCCAGUUGUAACUGUGAUCAUUCUAAUUGGAAAUUCUUCUGUAAUCCUUGGAUUAUGGCCUGCACAUGUCUUCUGGACUUACUAUUGUGUGGCAAAAACCAAAAAGUUUGGGUUGGUUUUGAAGAUUCUAGUAUUGAUAUCAUUGCCACUACCACUUGUCCUUUGGCCAAUCUUUGCCAUUGUUGGAAGCCUUCUAGCAGGAGUAGGAUAUGGUUAUUUCACUCCAUUAAUUGCGACUUUUGAAGCUGCCGGGAAUCAAGUCGAAAACAAACUUCUCCAUUGCGUUGUGGAUGGUAGCUGGAGCACAAUUGAGGGAAGCUGCACGGUGGUGCGAGACUUUACAGACUUCUGUUUCCACUCUUACUUUUCUUACAUGGAUGAAUUGACUGAAGAAGUACCUGAAGAUGAAAAGCCCAUGAGCAUUAAGUUAUGGAAGCUGCCGGCUUGUUUAUUUGUUAGCCUGCUCGCUGUGCCUGUAGAUGUGCUUUUAGUAACUGCUGUUGCCCUAUGGAAAAGUCCUCUCAUGUUGUUCAAAGGAUGGAAGAGGCUGCUUGAAGACUUGAUCGGCAGAGAGGGACCAUUUCUGGAGGCAGCAUGUGUCCCAUUUGCUGGACUUGCCAUCAUACUGUGGCCAUUAGCAGUGGUUGGGGCUGUGAUUAGUGCUUUUUUCUGCAGCUUCUUUCUUGCUUCUUAUAGCGGUAUUGUUGUCUAUCAGGAAAACUCACCUAGGAUGGGACUUGCUUUCAUUAUAUCUGUUAUUGCCCUCUUUGAUGAAUACACAAAUGAUUUACUUUAUUUGAGGGAGGGGUCCUGCCUUCCAAGGCCUAAGUACCGUAAACAAAUGAACCCCCCGUCGGAUAUCCUUGAGAGAAGGAAAUCAACGGACAAUGAUGAGAAUGAUUCAAAUAAUGGAAGAAUAGGCCCUCAUGGUUCAAAAUUAGUUUCAGAACGGACAAGAACACUGAAGAUUGCCAUUCAACAGCUAAAGCCGAUGCAAGUUUGGGAUUGGCUGUUCCGAUCUUGUGAGGUGAAUGGUAGGAUACUCCUCCAUGAUGGUCUGCUAACAAGAACAGACAUUGAGGAAUGCAUUGUGAAAGGGAAAUGUAAAAAGUUGGAAAUUAAACUCCCUGCUUGGUCAAUUCUCCAAUGCCUGCUGGUCUCAGCAAAGUCUAACUCCUCUGGGUUGCUAAUUUCUGAUGAGUUAGAACUAACAAGGAUUAACUGGCCAAAGGACAAGGUGCUUGAAUGGUUCAUGGGGCCAUUACUGACUAUGAAGGAGCAAAUCAAAGGCCUUCAGUUAAAUGAGAAUGAAGAAUCCUGCUUGAGAGGAUUGAUAAUGAACUGCAAAAAUGAAAGGCCAGAGGACUGGAAUGAUACAGAAUUUCCAUCUGAUGACAACAUCAGAAGAGCUCAGCUGCAGGCCAUAUUAAGAAGACUUCAAGGAAUUGUAUCUUCCAUGUCAAGAAUGCCGACCUUCAGACGCCGUUUCAGGAGCUUGUUGAAAGUGCUGUAUAUAGAAUUAAUGAGAAUUGAUGCUUUGAGAAGCGAGGAUUUGACACAAGAAGCUAGUGGCAAUAACUCGGCCAAUUCUGGAGAGAGAAGAGGUAAAGACGUCGGAGGAAAAACCUACAACAAUGAAGAGAUUGUGUAACUUAAAAUAA